AUGUAUUACCACAGAAAAAGGAAGACUUCUGACCCCAUCAGUGGCCUUUCACUUCCUAGUGCAAAGAUGGUUGGCAAUUGGGGAUUUGGCAGUGUUACCAAGGACUGGGAAAGUAUGCAUGCUCGAAAGCUCGAAUUUAUGAAUUUCCUUUCUACUCUGCGUAAGCCCACGCAGAGUUACGUGGCUUGUGCUGAAGCUAAUAUGUUUAGUAGCUCUGUCGAGCACACAGAACAGAAAAACAGUGAAGUGCUAAUAAUUCUUGAUUCGGAUAAUGAAGAUGAAAGCAUGGCAACGUACAAACAACUGACACCUGAGAAGAACAAACAGCUCUCAUUUGAGAAAAACAAGCAGCUGAUACCAUCAGAACAGGCUGGUACUCUCACAGCAUGUGUGGCAACCCAAGGAAUUGCCGACUUAAAUGAGACCAUGCGUGAUGGAGACCAAAACAGUCAUAUUGUUCCAUAUGGUCAAAGUGCAACUUUCAUGAAUCAGUAUCCUUUACUCCGCUAUCAACCAUCAGUUCAGUUUGAGAGAGUUGUAUUGCAGGAAAGACCUGAGAAGGAACGUGCCCAUGAUCUGGCUGUUGCAAGCCAUGCGGAGAAAAUGGCAGAAACACUUGUUUUUCCUGCUCUUCCUAAGGAGAGAAAACAACGGAAAUAUGACCCAAGUUCCCAGACAGACGGAGAUGCUGAAGCUGGGCCAAGAAAAAGAAAAAGAAAAGGCAAAAAUGAAGCGGGUGCACCAGUAUUUGAUUUGCCCUCAGAAACUUACAAUCCUGUAGAGGAAGAUGACUAUGAUGAGCCUAUGGAAGAAGAGGAUAAACCAGAAAAUGAAAGUGAUGGUCUCGAUGGUUUCUGGAAUGAGUACUCACUGGCUCUGGAAAGCUCUAAGCUUGACACACCUGAAGAGGCAGACAGUGAGAAAGAAGUGGGUGAAAAGGAGGUGGACAAUGGCUGCAGUCAUGACAUACGGAUUCAUGAAGACCUGGGCCAUGUAUGCCGCGUCUGUGGUAUGAUUGUGAGAAGGGCUGACAUGAUCUUUGAUUAUCAAUGGAAAAAGCCAUCAAGGUCAAGAUCAUAUUUCAGUGAAACACGCUCAAAGGAUUCUGAUGACAUUGUCAUUGGUGAUGUUAGAGUCACUGAAGAACUCAUGGCUUUAGACGUUGCCAUUCAUCCAAGACAUGCAAAGCAAAUGAGAGCACAUCAGUUGGCAGGUUUCCACUUUCUGGUGAAGAAUCUAGUCUCUGACAAACCAGGAGGUUGCAUUCUAGCUCAUGCCCCUGGUUCGGGGAAAACAUUUAUGCUGAUUAGUUUCAUUCAGAGCUUCUUGGCAAAGUACCCCUCUUCAAGGCCCCUUGUUAUACUUCCUAAAGGCAUAUUAGGUACGUGGAAGAGGGAGUUUCAACGGUGGCAAGUGGAGGAUAUACCACUGUAUGACUUUUAUUCUGUCAAGGCUGAGAAGAGAGCAGAGCAGUUGGAAAUCCUCAAAUCUUGGCAAGCCAAAAUGAGCAUCCUAUUUCUUGGAUACAAGCAGUUUUCUCAGAUCGUGUGCAGUGAUGGUGGUGGCAACGUCGCAGCUGCGUGCCGGGACAUGUUGCUUAAGGUCCCUAGCCUACUGAUAAUGGAUGAGGGCCAUACACCUAGGAAUAGGGAGACUGAUGUGCUAGAAUCAUUGAGCAGAGUCCAAACUCCACGUAAGGUGGUCCUAUCUGGUACACUUUUCCAGAAUCAUGUCAGUGAAGUGUUCAACAUCUUGAACCUUGUACGCCCAAAGUUUCUCAAGUCGGACUCAUCUCGUCCUAUUGUUAAACGUAUAAUGAGUCAAGUAGCAAUAUCAGGUGGCAGAAUUUCAAAAGGGGCUGCUGAUAAUGCAUUCACUGAGUCAAUAGAAGAGACCCUGCUGCAUGAUGAUAACUUCACGAGAAAAGCACAUGUCAUUAGAAGUCUCAGAGAACUAACAAAAGAUGUGCUUCAUUACUACAAGGGUGACAUCUUAGAUGAACUACCUGGCCUAGUAGACUUCAGCGUCUUCUUGAAACUCAGUCCCAGGCAGAAAGAAAUCGUUCAUAAGUUGGAAUCCUAUGAGAAGUUCAAAAGAAGCGCAGUAGGAACUGCAGUGUACAUGCAUCCUUGUCUGUCAGGAAUGUCAGAAGUUGACGCUGCAGAUAGGGCUAUCAACCUGACAGAUGCAAGCAUUGAUAGUUUGGUUGAGUCUAUCAACGUGACAGAUGGUGUGAAGGCCAGGUUUUUCACUAACAUCCUGGCGCUUGCGAAUUCUGCAGGAGAGAAGGUGCUUGCUUUUGGUCAGUACAUACUCCCCAUGAAAUUUUUGGAGAGGCUGUUGGUAAAGACAAGGGGCUGGAAUGUAGGAAAGGAGAUCUUUGUGAUCAAUGGCGAUACUAGUCAAGAAGAGAGAGAACUGGCCACGGAUCAGUUUAACAACUCUGCUGAUGCAAAAGUUCUGUUUGGCUCUAUCAGGGCGUGCGGGGAGGGCAUCUCCCUCGUGGGUGCAUCAAGAGUUGUCAUCCUAGAUGUUCACUUGAACCCCUCUGUUACUCGUCAAGCAAUCGGGCGGGCUUUCAGGCCUGGGCAGCAGAAGAAAGUUUUUGUGUACAGGCUCGUGGCCGCCGACUCCCAAGAGGAAAGCUUCCAUCAAACUGCAUUCAAGAAAGAAGUCAUACCGAAGCUGUGGUUUGAAUGGAGUGAGCAGCACUGCACGUCGGACGACUUCCGGUUGAACAAAGUCGAUAUCGAUGACUGUGAAGAUGAGCUGCUGGACAACAAAGCGAUGCGGCAGGAUAUCAAGGUCUUGUAUAAAAGGGUGUUACAGCUGCUUCGUUGUGGUGGAACGCCAAGCCAAGGGUUUGCUGCCAGCAAGGGUUUUCUGUUGCCAGUGCCAUUGCCCCCACCUAUGUGUAUCCAUCCGGUAACCUGUUUCGUAGUAUGUGCCGACGACUUUGGACAGAAAUUAGCUAGGGAACUGAUCCUCGUCGCGUUUCUUUUCAAGACUUCCAGGACUAGCAGCUAG